AUGUCCGUCCACCUGGUAUUCGACCUUCAAGAUGCGCGUUUUAGAAAGGAAGCAGAAAAGGAGUUUUACUCGGAUGAUCAGCUGCAGGAAACAGAAAACGCUCCGUUCGGGGACGAUGUUAAGAACUUCUUGUACUACCGAAGUCAGAAAAUUAUCGAGUUUAAAGCUAAAAAAGCUAAAUCGGAGGCAACCAAACUGAAUGUAAUAAAGAGAGAAUUCGAGCAAGACCUGGUCCAUGACAGUGAGAGUUUGGUGUGUGACGGCUGCACGAAGGAGUACGGAGAGGGCGGCAACACGGCAAAGCUCAAGGGGGACAUGGCUACCGCUUUGUUGAAACAGAACCUGGAGUCAGCGACCACGAUCAUCAACAUGGAACAUAUGUCAUUGAGUUCCAAUAGCAGGGCGUCCGUUGUCCUUAGCGAGCAGACGUCAAUACUCAUCGAUGACAGCCGACCGUCUGCGUUUAUAGGAAAGCAGAAGACGUUCAUCCUAAAUGCGCCCGGCGAAUUAAAUGGGCGGAUAACUUUAACUCACAAGGUACCAAACUUAAACAGUCUUUCAAAUAACAUAUUCUUUCAUGGAUUUAGGUUUUUGAAGUAA